AUGAAAAUCAAAACAAAACAGGCGUAUAAGAUUUUCGUGUUCUGGCUUGAAAACUUUCUAAUGGCCAAGCUCCAGGAAGUUUUCGAUAAUUCUGGAGGGGAGUCACAGAUGAUGCCUGAUAUCUUUUCAUCCUUGAAUGAAAAGCAGAAACAGGCGCUUGUGACAACAAAAGAUUCUGUUUUGCAGAUUAUAGCUGGUCCAGGUACCGGUAAAACAAAGUUGUUGGUAGCAAGAGUGGCGUACUUGUUGCUUCAUUUCAAACUAGAACCAUCACAGGUUAUUGUUACUACGUUUACAAAGAAGGCUGCUAAUGAAAUGAAAGAAAGAUUAGAGAUUCUUUGUCAGAACCGCCAUGAUAUAAAUCUAAAAAUGCUACAUAUAGGCACUUUCCACUCCAUUUGCUAUGGAUAUUUAAAUUAUUAUGGGCAUUUAUUAGGCAUCAAUAGGGGCUUCAAACUUGCAGAUAAGAAAGACCAGACAGAUUUAUUGAAGAAAGCCAUAGAAAAAAUAAACUCCGAUGAACUUAAAUCGGAUAAGUCUACUGUUAAGGCAAUUCAGUCAUAUAUAUCUAGGCAAAAAUCACUGGGACGUCAUCCGGAAGAUGUGCCUAUAUCAGAUACGGAUGUGGAUCAAACAAAGCUGUACUAUCAAGUUUAUGAGCAAUAUCAUCAGCUUUUGAUAAAGAAUAAUUUAAUGGACUUCGAUGAUAUAUUAGUCUACACAGAGAAGCUACUCGAUCUGAGGCCAGACAUAGCAACUCACGUGAAACAUGUUUUGGUUGACGAAUUCCAGGAUACAAACACUAUUCAGCUGCGCUUGGUGUUUAAGUUAACAAGAUAUUGCAACAACAACAUGACUGUGGUUGGUGAUGCAGAUCAAUCUAUUUAUGGAUUCAGAAAUGCCACUUACGAAAAUUUCAAAAUCAUGGAAAAUAUGAUGAAGGAGCAGGGAAGAAACUUUGUGAAAAUUACUUUAGAUCAAAACUACCGUUCGACUAGUUCUAUCCUUAAGUUGGCCGAGCAAGUUAUGGCUCAACAACAGGAUAGAGAACCGAAGAAGUUAAAUUCUAACAAACCAGGCGGUGGUCCGGUAUUUUAUGCACACUUGCCAUCCCCAAAGGACGAGCCUGCGUUCAUUUCAGAUAUGGUUAAUCACCAUUUAAAAGAUGAAGAUAGUUUGUUCACGUAUAAAGACAUUGCAAUUAUUGUUAGAGUUUCAAGGAAGUUUUUGUCUAUAGAAAGAGAACUUUUCAGGCGUGGAAUACCGUAUAGAAUUGUGAAAGGUUUUUCAUUUUGGGAAUUAAGGGAAAUAUCUAUGACUAUUGAUCUUCUGAAAAUUAUUGGGCUAGAUGAUUGGUUGUCGUUUAAGCGUGUUAUCGAUUGGUUUUGCGAUGGAAUUGGUCCUAAAAUGAUUGAGAAGUUCGAGAAUAUAAUAUUCUAUCCUGGGGUAGUUGAUGCAAGACCAUACCAAACACUCGUUGAGUUGGCCGCUGGCAAGAGACCAGGGGUGCCACCAAAAGCACGUGCGUCUUUAAUUAGCUUGAUUAGUAAAAUCAAAGAAUGCCGUGACGUCUUGCUUACCGAAUCAAAGGAAAAGUUUUACCAUUGCGUAUGCUCCAAGUUCAAAAUAACAGAGAUUGCAUGUAAGAAGAAAAGUGCUAGUAAGGAUGAAGAAGAAGUCCGGAAAGAAGUAUCUGAAAAUCUCGUCGAGUUAAAGAACCAAUUUGUUUCAUAUAACCCCGAACAGGACGAAUUUCUUAAAAGAGCGCAAGAGGAUGUGUUUCAAAAACAAGACCUCAAUCUUAGGUCGGUUAAGGUUGAAAGCUCUGAAGACAACGAAGAAAUUAAAACUGUACAAAUGGAAGAUGAAAUAAACAUCCGAAAUGACAGUAAGACACCAAUGGAACUCAAGCUGGAAUUUCUUUUGAACUUUCUAGACCACAUUUAUUUAGCCGAGAGUGUUGCUAUGGAUGACAAGGCCGAUGAUGAAACAGGUCCUGGUAGGAUUACUUUGACUACUAUUCACGCUGCAAAAGGCCUAGAGUGGCCAAUUGUCUUUCUUCCGGCAUUGAUAAACGGCAUUCUGCCUUCAAAUCACGCACUAACAGAACAAAAUGACACGAGACAACAGGCUUUAGAUGAGGAAAGACGCUGUUUUUAUGUGGCGCUGACCAGAGCUAAGGAAUAUCUAUAUUUAUCCUCAUAUUCAACUAACGAUUAUAUGCCAGCCGAAGCAUCACAGUUUAUCAGAAGCCUUCCUGAGGACUUAUAUGUCAAUUUAAGUCCAAAUGCGAAUUUUGGUAUUCAGGGUAUGAACCUAAGAAAUUUUGCAAGUGUACAGUAUACUGACAGCCUUUCUACGAUCACCAACAAUGCCACAAAGUACUUGCAAUCAGGAACUGUUCCGCAAACAUGUGUGCAGGACGUUUCUGCUAUGUAUCAAAGAUCGAAUAAUAUUGCUAGCAGUGCUGUUCUUUCGAGUUUGCCAGCAAGAUCUGCUGCUGGAUCCUUAAAAAGAAACCCCACAGUUGAACAUACCUAUAUACCCAUAUCUAGAUCUACAUCUGUUGGCCAGUUACCACCACGUGCAACUCCUCCACCGACUAGGUCUUUGACACAGACCAAUUCCACAGCCACUACUUUGAGGAUAAACCCAGUUACAGGGGCACCUUUAAGCAGCACUGUUGGAGUUGGGAAACCCAAAAAACGGUUAGGAAUGCGACGUCCAAAGUUGAUUAUCUCCAAGCCUUUAGCAUCUAGAAAGCCUGAAGUUUGA